GCUGACAAGGAAAAGGAGGACAAGAAAGGACCAGGAUCCAGGGCUAGUGCCAAGUCUAAGACCUCUGCCAAGGAGCCAGAUGACCAGCCUAAAGAGGAUGGUGAAGCACCACCUGUAGAGGAGAAAUACUGGCCAUUUACCGGGUAUGAUGUGGGGAACAAGCUGAUUCAUGUGGCCGGGAUGACCACCACCCUGUUCCCUUCAGACGGUGGUCAGAUCAGGACUGAGAAGCUGGAGUUUGCACAGGGCACCAACUCAAUAAAGACAUCUGUGUUAAAAGAUGGCCAUGUGUUCUGUGUGCACGUCAUUGAUCCAAAGGAGGGAGGGGAGGACAGCGAAGGAGAGGAGGAGGACAGUAAAGAGGAGGUGGAAAAGUCUGAACAUGAGAAAUCAGAAAAGGACCAGGGAGAUAAGAUGACCAGAGAGGGGGAUGCUGGAAGUACUGGAAGGAGUAACUCAGCCAGGUCUGAUGAGAAGAAAACAAAGUCAGUCAGUGCUUUUGGCAGUGUCACUGCUCACCUGCAGGAUGGAAUGUCACUAUCACUGAGUCAGUUUGGUCCUAAAGGGAUUUCAGAGGAUGGUAAGAAGUAUGAGCCGAAGGUCUAUGUGCCUCCUCCCACCACUCCAAGUCCUUUGCCCCCACCAUCACCCACAAAGAGUAAGAAGGGUGACAAGGGUAAAGGGGCCCCUACUCCCGAGGCACCACCUCCCAUCACUCCCCAGGAAACAGAGAAGGAGGAGGACCAGGAGGAGAAGAGGGAUGAGGAGAAGCCUGUUCUCCAGCCAUUCCAGCAGCUGUAUGUGAGCUCACCCGACGGCCUCAGUGUUAAGUACCUUCUGGAGAGCUCCAUCGGUAUGAAGCCAUUGUCCGAGGAUGACCGCCGUCUGCUCAUUAAGCAAAGUUAUCCAUUUAAAACACGGGGUGAGCAGCCAUGCGAGUCCAAGCGGAGAAAGUUUGCCCUGUCGGAGCAGUCCCGUAUCAUCACAUCAGAAGGCACCGUGGUCAAAAACAUGAUGGAUGGGUCAGUCGAGGUGCUGUAUGCAGAUGGUACCGUUAGUGUCCACACUGGUCCUUGGGCUUGUAAGAGAAGUGGGAGUAGUUCCCCUCAGAGAGCUGGAAGUGCCCGCAGUCAGACAGGAGAAAGGGCAGAAACACCCACCAAGAAGACAGCAGCCAGUGCUAAGGGAAAGACCAAGUCCCAGGAGAAAAUAGCAGAGCAGGCUCCAGAGGAGGAGGCACCAGAGAAAAAGGGCAUGUGGGUCACAACCUACCCUAAUGGGGAGAAAGUGGCCUGUAAAGGUGACAACGAAAUGGAGGAACUCAAGUCAGUCAUGAUCAGUUUGGCCUCAGAUCCCCAGACAAGUCAGUCCAUGGCAACAAGAGAUGACCAUGUGAUCACCAUUAGUUACCCAGAUGGCACUACAAUCAUAGAGCAUGCUGACGGUACAAGGAUCACCACAUACUACAAGGAAAACCAGAUAGCUACUGGCGAAGAGGACUUUGAGGACAAUGAAAUGAAAGAAUUUGAAACCCAGACAGUGAAGUUUGUGAAGGUAGAAUGUCCUGCUUAUGCUACAGUAGAAUUUAAUUGUUCGACAAGUGAGAACUUGACCAUAUUUGGUAAUGGCACGACUAUCAACGUAUUCCCAGACGGAUACUACAUGUUACACCAGCACGAUGGUGGACGUGUGGAGGUGGACAUGGAGGGCACCCUCACCUACUACCCUCGGCCAAUCAGGAACAUGGAACAGCUACUCCCGGAGAGGGAGCUUCAGUACAUUCUCUGUCAUAAUGCUGAUGUUGUUGUGGAAACUGUCGACUCAGAUGGAAAUGUAUUUAAUGUAAAGAGUAAUGGAGACUUUACCGUGAUUCCAGUUAAUGGAGAUGCACUUUCUGAAUCUAGUAUGGAUGAAGGCAAAACUGAUAAAAAAUUGACAACUUUCAGGGAACAUGCUCCCCGAUUCUUUAUUCUUCACUCAGAUGGAAGUGGUACAGAAUUGUUACGUUACCAAGAUGUUGCAGAAUAUCUCAGCACAGCAGAGCACAGUCCUGCAACAGCAGUGCUUAAGGAUGACCUACCAGACUAUCCUGGUGUGCUUGGAAUCACCAUUCUCAAACCAUACCUGGGAGGCUCAUCAGAAAGAUUCUUUAAGAAGUAUGACCAAGAGUCCAUCAUUCCUCCAGGCAUACGCUGUAGAGACCUGACAACCCUUCCUCCUAAGGAAUUCAAGACCCCUGGACCAGGCUAUGGUAAAAACCUAGGACAGGGACUGUCAGUGGGAGCAGCAGUAAGGCAGCCAAUCAGAAUCCCAAUACUAAAAUGUCCAAAUGUUUUAGAACUGCGACAGCUGAUACAGUAUAAACCUGUGUCAGGGUCUCUCAGAGAAAGCCUGAAGGCGGGUGUUAAAGAGUAUGCCGAGUUUGUGAUUGAGAGAAAUAAGGUGACUGACAUGAUGCAGGUAGUUGAUCCAAGGACAGACGAGGAAAGGAUCCAUGCUGCAGAUCUUACAGAGAUCGGACUCCAGACAGCUCGACGGGAACUUCCACAGUAUGAGCCAGCCAACAUCAAAGGAAUAUAUGAGAAAGUGACAGCUCCCCCUGUACCAAGUCCGCCCCCGACCCCCCAGCCCAAACGCACCAUGGCUGACUGGGAGAGGGACCAGCGUGAGAUGAACCAGGAACUGGAUGGCAGGGAUUCACUCAGGAAGAAAAGGAUCCCUACCUACUUUGACAGCGAAUUUGGGAAGGCCUUUCUCCUCACCCAGGCCAAGGAUGUAGACGAGAUUCUACAACAGCUGACUGAGGACCCGAGGAAGGACGGUACUGAAGCUGUCCGUGGUAAUUCGUCCAGCCAGAGUAACAACCCCCAGCAAAUCUCCCCAGACACUAGUGCUUACCCCGCACGAU